CAGAAAAGACAUUAAUCGUCACAUAAGCCUAAGUGCUCGACCAUCUACCCUACACGGCCCACCGAGGUUGUGCGUAGGUCCCAUGUGGACACAGCUCUCCUAACCGCACCUCACCAAAGACAGAAGGCUGCAGUGCGCGCAGUAGGAACAGCGCGAUGAAGGGCAUCAUCUGUGACGUGAUCAGCACAGCCGCUGCCAGCAGUGUCGUCAGCCUGAAUGUCAGGACUCCAGGCUCAUCCUCGCUUCGCAAUAUAGGCAGGUUGUGCAAGCGAACUGCCACCUAGACACAUAAGAUACACACACAUACACACACGAAUGGGAGAUACAGCCUGUGUGGACUGUCCCGUGUGUCUCCCUCCCUUCUCCCUCUCACUAGCCAGGACUCCCACCCACCAUGAACAGAACGAUUUCGCAUGCCAUCUCGAUGGCGACCAGGAGACACAGCCCGCCCAGCCUCUCGAACAGCCGAGGCAGCGAGGGAGACAGCAGCUGCUCCAUCAACAUCAACGACAGAUUGAUGAAAAUCAGAAUCAGGCUCUCGGCCUGGUUGUAGGCAUGGGUUUGGUCCGCCAACGCACGAAGGUAUCGUGGCUUGACGUCAUAGUCCAUGAAAUUGCUCUGCAGAUCGACCACGGACGCCAUGGAUGAUAGCCCGCUUGUUGUCGACCGCAUGCGGCCUGCCCGCAUCACACUCUGAUAGAUCUCACUCGACGAUCGCAGCGGCUCCCCACUGCCGGCUCGGUUGAUGAAUAAUGCUGCUCCCUUCGUGCUCGUUGCCCGUGUGCGGGUUGUCUCGCUGCCGCCUGAAGUCACGGAAAGGCCAUGGAGGCCAGCCGUGUCUCCCCCUUUGGGCCAGCGGCCGUCGCGGAUACGUGUGCACAUCCGGAUGAUCUUGGCGUGGAGCAUGUCAGCAUAGGGCACUGCCAGGUCACCCAGGAGAUCGUAGAGGGCGAACAGCAGAGACGACUUGAUCUUGUAGCUGAGGGCAGUCAUUUCAGCCUGCACAGAGGGAAUGCUACUCAACAUCCAUGUGUUGAGAAGUCAUCAUCCUCACUUGCAGGAAGCGCGGUACGAUCAGCGAGCCAACAAUGAUGGGGAAGAUAAUCGCAAAGUUGAGGAGAGGAGGGCCGUCCCGCAUCUUGCGACAAAGGCCAUUCACGGUCGCCACCAAAAGAAAGCUGGCAAACAAAAAUGCGACCGCCAGUUGUGUUCUCUCGCCGUCCGUUGUGGUUCUCUCGGCUUUUGGCAGAAAGAGCCUCCCCCACAAAAGCGUGUGAACCGAUUGCGUGUACACAAGGAAGGUCAUCUGAAUGGUAUACAGCCUUCGCCUCUUGACCACCCCUGGCAUGUCUCGCGAGACAUGCCAGAAGAACCGAGGGACCAUCACGGCGUAUACUGCCCUCUCGAAUCUGUAGGGAACGCGUGAACAUCGAGACAUGGAGACAGAAGGCACGUGCCUCUCACACUCCAUCUCUCACUUACGCAAGAGAAAUCCAAAGGAAUAGUUUAAGCUGAGGGUAUCUAGCCAAGGUCUGCAAGGUAGUAUAGGCCACUACGGCUACCACAAAAAGAACCAAAAACUGGCGGAUGCGCCGGAGCAUUCCACAUGGGCGGCACCCCUCAACCAGCGCCACGAACAAUAUAAUGAGUGCCAAGCAGCCGAUGACAAUUCUUGCAUAAUCAACCGCGAUGGCCAUGUUGGACUCGCAAGUCUUCCACACCAGGGGCACCGCCAAGACCAGCGGCAGCGCGAGAAAAAAGGCAUACAGCACUUGUAGAACGACCACUCGCACCACUCGCCGCAAUGACCGCAUGAAUGGCUCCGGCGUAAACCGAGUGCCAACCAGCACUUCCCGCAGCUGAAUUGUCUCUCCGUCAUCCUCUACGGUUUUCUGCUCAUAGACCAGGUGCGAUUCGAAUUCCUCAAAGGCCGCCGGGUACCCUGCACAUCGGUGCAGCCAAGCAGAGGACUCACCAGGUUUGUACUGUCACCAGACUAGUGCUGUGUGCCCUUCGGCCCGUUCAUUUGGCUCACCGGCAGCCUUCUGGAACUCCAUCUUCAUUGCCUGGAUGGCCAUCUCCUCGGCCCUUUGCGGCCCCGGCCUCCCCUCCUCAGAGAUGUCCGGAAGGGUGAAGGUCGACUGUGACAUUGCAUGAUGGCUGGGCCUUCUGAAAGCAUCCUCGUUGACAUGGACGCUCGCCGCCUCUCCUUGUCGGAGGUCAAGGUCCAGGAGGCAGUCGCUGCUCUGAAUCUCCUGGCUGAGAGCACGGACCUUCUCGGCGAUGAGCUCUUGGGGCCUCUUUUGGUCACCGAGCUCCCGUGGUUGUGUUCCGGAUGUGUUCUCGCAGCUGGGGCCGACGGAGGUGUGCAUGUCCUGCCGGAGAAAACACUGACACCGCCCCUCGCUUCUGCCGAUUGGCUCCGACCGCCCUUCCAAGUCAUCAUUGCCGGGGCUGACCGUGUCACCCUCCAUCGAGGGCCCACAAAUCGGCGGAGUGGGGGGUCCUUGUCGAAGGCGGGGAAGGGUCCCAAAAGUAGUGGAAUUCAUCCCAAGAUCAUCCCAUCCGAAAGCAUCGUCCCCGU